AACCCGCCAUUUAUGCUAUCAUUUCCCUCUAAUUUCCCCUUCUUUUCGGUCGCCCACUCCCCACCGGCUGCUGAAACUCAAGAGUUCAGAAACUCUAAUGAAUUUGUGACAGCUCUAGAUCUGUUGAAGUUUGAUCAAAAAACAUGUCUGGCCAAUCCGACCCUCGUGGUUCUGCGUUUUCAGCUGCUGAGUUGGAGUUCUUAGCAGAAGAUGAAAUGAUCGAGAUAGUUCCAAACCUAAGAAUAAAGCCUCUCAGUUUGAUUUGUGGUGACUUUGGUCCGUUUCAGCCACAAAUACCUACUCAAGUCCCAAUAUGGUUGGCUGUGGCUUUGAAAAAGAGAGGGAAAUGCACUAUUCGCCCUCCAGAUUGGAUGUCUGUUGAAAAACUGACCCAGGUAUUGGAGGCAGAGCGUGACUCAGCAAGUUCCUUUGAAGCAUUGCCAUUUCAUUAUGUUGAGAUCUCAAGGCUUCUUUUUGACCAUGCUCGGGAUGACAUUCCUGAAGUAUAUAUGGUAAGGUCGCUUAUUGAAGACAUCAAAGAUGUAAGGUUUCAUAAAAUUGGUACUGGAUUGGAGAAGCUUUCAUCUCGGACGUACGCUAUGAAGCUAAAUUUGUCCGCAAUGGAAGUAAAUGUAAUACGACCAUUUGUUACUGGAAGUCUAGAAACGUUUUAUGAACUUACCACUCCAGAGAUUAUUCAAGAAUCACAGAGAGAGGAAUAUAGACGACCUCAAACCGCUGAUCGGGGACCAAGGCGUGAAUUGAGACGCUAAAAGGCCUCAGCAACGCAGACAUCUUCUGAAAUCACCUGCAUAUUAAUCUGAAGUGAUUCCUCAAACUCCUUUAAUUUCUUUCACUCCAAUUAUCUUAUUUUAAUUAUGGCUUUAAAUCUAUAUUUGUUUGGUUUGUUUAAAUUCAUGUGCAACUAUUUUCAUUUUUGAAGUGUAAUAAUUGUAUAAUUGCGCUUUUGUAGGUCUGUUUCUGAAUUUCUAGUAA